AUGGCCCACUCAUUAUAUCCUGAGCUACAAUCAUCUUAUCGUCGAUAUCAUAGCACUGAAACCGCACUGCUUAAAGUUACAAACGAUAUCCUGCUAAAAAUGAACUCGCAAGAAGUUACUUUACUGGUUCCACUUGAUCUAAGUUCCGCGUUUGACACUGUCAAUCACGAAAUAUUGCUUCGCCGUCUCCGAAAUGAGUUUGGCAUUCACGGAAAAGUCUUGGAUUGGUUCAAAUCAUACCUGCACAACAGAGGUCAGCAAAUUUCUAUCGAAGGUAUACUAUCCCAACGUUUCGAUUUGGACUCAGGAGUUCCACAAGGGUCGUGCUUGGGUCCCCUUCUUUUUAUUAUAUAUGCAUCCAAGCUGUUUAAAAUAAUUGAAGAUCAGCUUCCUGACUCACAUGGUUAUGCCGACGAUACACAGCUCUACCUCAGUUUUAAGCCAAGUUUAAGUACGUCACAGGAAGACGCUUUAUGUGCGAUGGAGUCUUGUAUCGAUAAAAUAAGACGCUGGAUGAGUCAGGAUAAACUCCUGAUGAACGAUGGCAAACUGAAUUCUUGGUCAUUGGCACUCGUCAGCAAUUAUGUAAACUUCACCCUAUUAGCAUUUCAGUUAAUAAUUCUGUGA